CAAUGAGAAGCUGUCGAAUUUAGACCCAAUCGACCACACUUCAUCGGCAUACAAUUGGAGGCUCACAUUACCACACCUCGACUUAUCCAUUCCAUCUUGCCGACGAGGAGUGAGCCUACCUGUGGGAUUGAUCACCAUGACAUCCUCCUUAUAUAGGCUCGCCGGCCAGAGCGCAAAGCGCCUGUGUAUGCGCGCAUCCCCUUCGUCCAAGCUUGCCGCACCUGCAACAACACGGUCUUUCGCAACGACACCGCGGAGGAACGCGGAGCCAUAUCAAGCAACACGACUGGUAGCUGUUGGGGACAAUUUCACCUCGCCAGCACCGCGGGAUGCUGAUAUAGCUGCCAAUAUCACCCCGGAGGAAACUCACCGGGAGGGAGAGAAUGUGGAGAACAGGAAGAUUAGACACUACACAGUCAACUUCGGACCUCAACAUCCAGCUGCUCACGGAGUGUUGCGACUGAUUCUCGAGCUCAAUGGAGAGGAGAUUGUGCGAUCGGAUCCUCACGUCGGGUUAUUACACAGAGGAACCGAAAAGUUGAUCGAGUACAAGACAUACCUUCAGGCACUGCCAUACUUCGACCGUUUGGACUACGUCUCCAUGAUGACCAACGAGCAGUGUUUCUCCCUGGCAGUCGAGAAGCUUCUCAAUGUUGAGAUUCCAGAGCGUGCCAAGUGGAUCAGAACCCUCUUUGGAGAGAUUACGCGUAUUCUCAACCACUUGAUGUCUGUGUUGUCUCACGCCAUGGACGUUGGUGCCCUUACGCCUUUCUUGUGGGGGUUCGAGGAGAGAGAGAAGCUCAUGGAAUUCUAUGAAAGAGUGUCUGGCGCCCGUCUCCACGCUGCCUACGUCCGUCCAGGAGGUGUCCACCAAGAUAUCCCCAUCGGCCUACUCGACGAUAUCUACCAAUGGGCAACGCAGUUCGCCGAUCGCAUUGAUGAGACGGAGGAGCUUUUGACGGAUAACCGAAUCUGGAUUGGCCGCACAAAGGGCGUUGGAGUUGUGUCUGCUGCCGAUGCUUUGAACUUGUCUUUCACCGGUGUUAUGCUUCGCGGAUCCGGCGUACCGUGGGAUAUCCGCAAGAGCCAGCCAUAUGACGCGUACGACCAGGUUGAGUUUGAUGUUCCAGUCGGUGUCAACGGAGACUGCUACGACAGAUAUCUCUGCCGCAUGGAGGAAUUCAGACAGUCCCUCCGCAUCAUUCACCAAUGCCUCAACAAGAUGCCAGCGGGACCAAUCAGAGUGGAAGACUACAAGGUCUCGCCACCACCCAGAGCUGCCAUGAAGGAGAACAUGGAAGCCCUGAUCCACCACUUCUUGCUCUUCACAAAAGGUUAUACCGUGCCACCAGGAGAGACCUACUCAGCCAUUGAGGCACCCAAGGGAGAGAUGGGAGUUUAUCUUGUCAGUGAUGGAAGCGAGAGGCCAUACAGGUGCAAGAUUCGCGCUCCAGGAUUUGCCCAUCUCGGAGGGUUCGACCAGGUUUCAAGAGGCCAUCUUCUGGCUGAUGCGGUUGCGAUCAUUGGAACGAUGGAUUUGGUGUUCGGAGAGGUUGAUCGUUAAGAGAGGCGUGAUGUGUGGAGGAGGUCAACCGGCCGCGUUUGUACAGCUGGGAAAUAGAAUGGUGCAACAGUUCGAGUAUUUGUAUAUAUCUGUGUUUAUUAGGUCAUCAGCCAAGCAACUCAAUCAUCACA